AUUUUUACUUCGAACUAUUAUGUUGCUUUCAUACUGAAUAUAGAGGCGUUUUAUUAGAUGCAGAAUUAAAAUAGAGUUAUUUUUUUAAUGCGGAAGGUCACUAAAUGACUGCGACAGUCGUUUUAACUCGCUUUGAUAAUUUCGGCUUUUGAAGUCGUUGGGAUUUGUUUCUGUAUUUGUGUCAGUUCUGUUUAUUUCUGCUCAUCACUCCAGCAUGACUUCAGCUUCCACAAAGGUGGGCGAGAUCUUCUCGGCUGCAGGCGCUGCUUUCUCCAAACUGGGUGAACUGACCAUGCAGCUGCAUCCAGUGGCGGACUCUUCACCUGCGGGAGCCAAAUGGACAGACACAGAGAUUGAGAUGCUACGAUCCGCUGUUCGCCGCUUUGGGGAAGAUCUGAACAGCAUCAGCUCAGUCAUAAAGGAGCGCACAGUAGCCCAGAUUAAGACCACAGUGAAAAGGAAACUGUAUGAGGACAGCAGGGUUCCUCUCACUACUGAGUCGCCUAAGAAAACUAUGAAGAAAACCACGGUGUCUCUUCCUGCGCCUCCUGCAUCAGUGGCCCCCACCGUCAUUACUGUGCCCACUUCACAAGUCGUCGUGACAACCGGACUGCAGAGCUCCUCGUCUUUACAACCGGCAAUAAAAAACCCUAAACCAUCAGAUGUGACUCUGAGUGCUCUGAAUGACUCAGAUGUGAACAGUGAUUUGGUGGACAUCGAGGGGCUUGGAGAGGGGUCCACCAAAAAACCAAACUUUGACCAAGAGAGCUUGAAUUUGGACUCCAGCCUUAUAAUGAACUCCAGUGAUCUGCCUCUGCUGUCCCGCUGACCUUCAAUGAUCUUUCAGUCAAAGUGAGAUUCAGGGCAACGGGGGGCAAACAUGAUCAAUGACAGCACAGUUUGAUCAUUGCUCUACACCUGUUACACCUUUUCAAAUGUGGGUCCAAACAGCACUAGACCAAACCUGAACUGCAUCACUAGCUUCUCUACCCAGCCUCAAUGAAGUAUUUACCGCAUCCAUACUUCUCAUAAUGCAGCAGAAAUCAUGAUUAUUAUGGUUUUGUAUCUAUUAUUCUUCAUGUUGUUUGAUUGAUUUUACCCACAGUUGAAAAGAGUUUUACAGGACAGUGAUGCAGGGGUCAAAGGACUUAAAAAUAGUGUUUUUUGUUUUUUAAAUAUUUGUUUUUGUAUUUUAAUAGGCCCCUUUGGCUAAAGUAAAGCUUUGUGAAGUGAAAUGAGAUGCUGAUUGUAAUGAAAUAGUGGCAGCAUGCAAUCCGAAAUAGUUGAAGAAUCUUCUUUACUAUUUUCUGUCACUGCCAUUGUAUGUUAGAUGUGGAAGCCUGUUUCUGACACACACACAAAUAGAAAACGUAAUUGCGACUUUUUUUAAAUCACCAGAUUUUGUUAUAUUGUCUCAAAAUUGUGUCUAGGUCACUCAGUUUUGAUUUUAUAGAAACUUUCUUGACCUUUUCUCAGAAUAGUUUUUUAUUUCUUGUAAUAGGAUUUCUCAAAAUGCUACUUCAUUUAUAGCAAUUCUGUCUUUUUCCCCGUUAAAUAACUUUAUUUCUUGUCAUUCUGAGGUUAUAUUUAGCUGUUUUAAAUGAUUUCAUAAUAUACAUUAUUUCAUAAUUAUGACUUUAUUUUACAGAAUAACAAUAUAUAAAGUCACACAUUUCGCGCAGUUCUGAAGAAAGUAAAAAUGACCCAAUGUUUAAUGAUAUAGUUUCUAUAAAUUCAACAUCUGUGUAAAAAGGCUGUUCAUUUGCAAUUGAGCGGUUAAGUCUGUCUAGAUGUCUCACAAUCGAAAACAAGAAGUCGCAAAUACCUUUUACUUUCAUUCUGUGGUGGAAACAGGUUUCCAUAAUUAGGUGCAGCUUCUAUUGUAUGUGUAUAUAUUUUAUUUUUAACAUUACAUAUAAUUAAACAAGUCAUUUUGACAGUAGACGCCAGACAUGCCUGCUUAAAUUUCACUUUCGUCUUUAAAGAUGCAGUAGGUGAUCUGCCAAAAUGCUUACCGGUUAGCGUAAUAUCUGAGCACAGUCCCACCCUUGCCGUCCAAAGAUGACAGUCUUUGACACCCUAAAGAUAACAGUAGGCAACCCACUAGAUCAUGUCAUUUGCCAGUUAGAAAACUUUAUAGUACUUUAUAAUACUACAAUUCUGAACCAAAACUGUAUUAUAUCUAGCUUGUUUUCAGUCGUGUAGCAAGCAAAACUUGUCAUCAUGUGGAAUAUUUCAUGCAUGCAAGCAUCGCUGGUCUAAAGACUCUCUCACGCUGUCCUAAAGCGACUACUGUAUGCUUAGUGGUUGGCCAGAGGGGUGCAGGAAUUACACUUAUUACUAAAUCAUACUUACAUGCUAUUCCAGUCUGAAUAUUCAAAGUAGCAUGGUAAACAAUGUAGGGAGCAUGUCACAGGUUGUCAUUGUACAAAAAUGAACCAUUGUGAUGUGAAUAUAAAGCCAACUUCACCUCAGUAAAGCAGGCUAGGCGGAAUAGCGCUAUGUACUUAUGUUUUGUUAUUAACCUAAAUAAAAGUCUACAUUAUCGAUGCUGUAAAAAGUCCCUUAUAAAAUUGAAAAUAAGUCAUAUAAAUCUAUCACCAGAUUUCUGUGGCUGAACAACACUUCUGUGCAUAUAACCCAUUCAUAACGCAACACAAUCUACAGAAGCAUUGUGUGACUAAAAGAGUUUUAACAUAACAUUUAAACAUAAGAUUACCUAGAAAUACUUCAGCUAGAAGUCCUGCAGAUCUGCGUGAACGGCUGCACAGAUGUACAAAACUGCAUUAGUUGACAGACAGUUUGGGCUACUUAUCAGAAUUAUGGGAAUUGUCGGCCUGACAAAUUUUAAUUUGAAACAUUUUUUUGUCUUAUGCCUUACCCAGAAUAUAAAAAUACAUACAGUUGAUGCCAGAAUUAUUAGCCCCCCUGAAUUAUUUGCCCCCGUUUAUUAAUAACUGAUUUAUUUUAUCUUUGCCAUGAUAACAGUAAAUAAUAUUUAACUAGAUAUUUUUCAAGACACUUAAUACAGCUUAAAGUGACAUUUAAAGGCUUAACUAGGUUAAUCAGCUUAACUAGUUAGGUUAGGGUAAUUAGGGAAGUUAUUGUAUAAUGAUGGCUUGUUCUAUAGACAGUCGAAAAAAAAAUAUAGCUUAAAGGAGGCUAAUAAUUUUGAUAAUUUUAAAAUGGUUAAAAAAUUAAAAACUGCUUUUAUUCUAGCUGAAAUAAAACAAAUAAGACUUUCUCUAGAAGAAAAAAUAUUAUCAGACAUACUGUGAAAAUUUCCUUGCUCUGUUAAACAUAAUUUGGGAAUUAUAUAAAAAAAAAAGAAAAAAAUCAAAGGGGGGCUAAUAAUUCUGACUUCAACUGUAUAAAACAUUUAGAUCGUUUACAUUAAUCAUUACUAUUGGAAUGUGAAGUAACUUUCAGCACAACAAGAAAUGUUUCUGAAGGCAAUCACCUACUGCACCUUUAAUCUUCAGCACAAAAAGACAGAACACAAGUCAGUAAAAUGAGUUUUUAUUAUGAUCUUCUUCAUAAUAAGAAUAUAUGGUAUAAUAUACAUUUCAUUUUAUGCUAAAUGAUAUUCCUUCUCUGAUAAUUGGCCAUUCAUCUCGGGGUAAUAAAUGUACUUUUGCUACCAACGCGUCAAAAAAAUAA